GAAACGAAAACUGUGGCAACCGAGUGUACAUACAUCGGAAGUCGCAAGCUUCCGUAUAAAGUGAGAAAACCGGAUGUUCAGCGAAACAGACGCGGGAUUCGUCAAAAAGGCGCGCACGGCGAACGGUCAAGUGAAUGUUCACAAGUGCGACACGGAGCGUCGAGAGGCACCGAUUGUAAGGAAGAGAACGGUUUGGUGCGCCCGAAGCCGGGUUACCUCGUCGAAAUGGAUUCACCGUCGCGCGAAACGUCACCGGAGCUCGAAAUCGAGGAUAGCGAGAUCAUGGACGAAAUUUUGAGCAUGUACUGCAGCAAAUCCGUUCAGUCGGAGCAAAAUGGUACGAUAAAGAAAAAUGAGAACGUCUCGGAGAGUAAAUCCUGGUACGAAGAAGUGGAGGAGAAGAAAGUUGCCGAGAGCGUGCAGUACGAUAAAAUUUCGAGUGCGCAAAGUGACAAUUGUCAUGCGAGGCAUAAAAAUACGAACAGUGUUGUGCGCAUAGAAUUCAAGGACAAUGUACAGAACAAGCCGAGGGAACCGACCACCACCGGUAGUAAAAGAACGAGGGAAGACAGCACGGAUGAUGUGGACGCUAAGGUCGCCCGUAACAGAUGUUACAGUGACUCGAGCUCGACUACUAAUUCGUCAGACGGUGGUAGGAAGCGCGUCGAGUUCGAGACGGAUCCAAUUGUUCUGGCACGCAGACAGAAGGAGAUAGAUUAUGGGAAAAACACAAUCGGAUAUGACAGAUAUAUCCAGGCGGUACCUAAAGAUAAACGUACACGAGAACAUCCGAGAACACCACCGAAAUAUAUCAAAUACAGCAGAAGAGGCUGGGACGGUAUGGUGAAAAUAUGGCGGAAGCAACUUCACUCUUGGGAUCCACCUCAAGAGGACAAUAAAACCAAUUGAAUUAGACAAUCUGUCAGAGAAACCGCUAAAUCAUUAUUUUCUUUAUUUAUAUCGUGAUUGCGUUCCUUAAUACCACUUCUUUCAGUUUCUUAAUGCUCAUUCAUUGCAUAUUAUUUCUAGUACUUGUUGGAAUUUAUAUUGCAUUUGAAAACGCAAGAGAUCGCUUAGUAAAUAUGGAAAUCAGUUAGUUUUUAUUGUUUUUAUGUACACAAUAUAUAUAUAUAUAUUUUAUAACAUAAUUAUGGGAAAGACCUAUGUAAAUGAACCUUGUAUAACUGCCAAUGUAUAUAAUCAUGUUAGGUUAAACAAUAACCUAAAACUGAUUUAAUAACAUUUGUACUGAUACCGUAUAGUCUUUAUUUACAUGAUUAGCAUAAAACCGAUUUCAUAAUUUCCAAUGUUGCUACCGGUGUGUUACGUAUAUAAAGAGACGUAACACAAUGUAAGCAUAGCCUUUGAUCAAAAACGUCAGUAAAUUAAGAUUGGCUGAGAGGAAGUUCUCCACUUAUUCGUAGUACUUCAUAGAAAUUUAAAAGGCUGAUUGUGAAAUGAAAUCGUCGCAUAUCGCUCACAUACAUGGAAAAUACGUAAGUGAUAUGCCUAGUUAUAAUAAACCUAUAGUUAUAUUUUUAUUUAAAUUAUUGUUUUUAGGUUUGUCAUGUUAAUAUAGAUUCUGGAUGUUACUAAACCAA